GAGAGCAGCAGAAGCAGCGUCUGGCGAAGGAAGUGCCACCGUGUCCACAGAGAGGACUGGUUACCUGAACCUGAGCUUGCUCACGUCUUGUUUACAGGCCUGUGAGGUCGUGCUCGGGUUUUAUUGCUCACUCUUUUUCUUUCGCUUCAAGGGUCAGUUUAUGAAACCUCCAAUCUGGAUCGCGGCGGCACCAACAGGAAGAAGAAGAUAGAGGAAUUCUCUCGCUCUUCUCGGGAGAAAAUCGUCCAGUCCAAGAACAAAAUGUUCUCCAAAUUCACGUCCAUCCUGCAGCAUGCUGUGGAAGCGCUUGCUCCAUCGCUGCCCCUGCAGGAAGACUUUGUCUACCACUGGAAGGCCAUAACGCAUUACUACAUCGAGACUUCUGAUGACAAAGCUCCAGUUACAGACACAAACAUCCCGUCCCACCUGGAACAGAUGCUGGACAUCCUGACCCAGGAGGAAGCGGAGCGGGAAUCUGGAGAGACCGGACCCUGCAUGGAGUACCUCCUUCACCACAAGAUCCUGGAGACGCUCUACACACUGGGCAAGGCAGAUUGUCCUCCAGGGAUGAAGCAGCAGGUGCUAACCUUUUACACAAAGCUGCUCGCACACAUUCGUCAGCCUCUCCUGCCCCACAUCAACGUCCACAGACCUGUACAGAAACUGAUCCGUCUGUGCGGGGAGGUGCUGGCUGCGCCGACAGAAAACGAAGAGAUUCAGUUUCUUUGUAUCGUCUGUGCCAAACUGAAGCAGGACCCGUACCUCGUCAACUUCUUUCUUGAGAACAAGUCAAAGCGACCGGAGACUAAGAGUCCUGGACGAACGGAGGUGUUGAAGGAGAACGUGUUGGCUCCAGACACCGGUCAGUCUCGGUCAGAGGAGCAGGCUGAGGAGCCGCAGGCUGCAGCUGCUGCCUCCACCUCCAGUCCAAUCACCAACAAUAACAACAACAACAACUACAACCUCGUCUCCUCCCUGCUCAACCUCACUAAGAGCCCUGACGGGAGGAUCGUGGUGAAGGCGUGCGAGGGCCUGAUGCUGCUGGUCAGUUUACCGGAGCCUGCAGCCGCCAAGUGUUUGAUUGAAAACACGGAGCUGUGUGACCUUCUGACCGACAGGCUGGUCUCCUUCUAUAAAGCGCUGCCUCAGUCCAUGGACCCGCUGGACAUCGAGACCGUGGAGUCGGUUAACUGGGGUCUGGAUGUGUACAACCUGAAGGAGGACGCUGCCAUCUUCACGGGGAAGCGAGCUCUUAUCUCCUUCCUGUCGUGGCUGGAUUACUGCGACCAGCUGAUCAAAGAGGCUCAGAAGUCAGCAGCUGCUGUGAUGGCGAAGGCAGUGAGAGAGAGAUUCUUUGUGUCUGUUAUGGAGCCACAGCUAAUGCAGACGUCUGAGGUGGGCAUCCUGACCUCCACAGCGCUGCUGAACCGGAUCAUCCGACAGGUGACGUCGGAGGCUCUGCUGCAGGAGAUGGUUUACUUCCUGCUGGGUGAGGAGAGAGAGGCGGAGACGGCAGCUACCAUCGCUCAGAAUCCUCUCAGACACAGACUCAUCGAGCACUGUGACCACCUGUCAGACGAGAUCAGCAUCAUGACUCUGCGGCUGUUCGAGCAGCUCAUCCAGAAGCCCAACCAGCACAUCCUCCACAGCCUGGUGCUGCGCGGCCUCGGGGAGAGGAACUACCUGGAGAACAAACCACAGGAGGAGCGGGAGCCCCUGGAGAACGGGCAGCCCCAUGAUGCCGUAGACCUCGAGGAGGAUCCUCUGUUCGGUGACGACGUCUCUCCUGACAGCAGGCUGUCCGGUUCUGAUUGGCUCAGCUCGUCUCCACCUCAGAGUCCCGAUCACUCAAAGUCUGACGGGAAGACGGAGGUGCACAAGAUCGUCAACAGUUUUCUGUGUUUGGUUCCCGAUGAGGCGAAGUCUUCAUAUCAGGUUGAAGGGACGGGCUACGACACCUACCUCAGAGACGCACACAGACAGUUCAGGGAUUACUGCGGUGUCUGUCAGCGGUGGGACUGGAGGGGGAAUCCCAAGCCGUUCGAGAAGUGUAACCUGGACAUCCCGUUCUUCGAGGGACACUUCCUCAAGGUCCUCUUCGACAGGAUGGGUCGCAUCCUCGAUCAGCCCUACGAUGUGAACCUGCAGGUGACGGCCGUGCUGUCCAAGCUGUCUCUGUUACCACACCCACACCUGCACGAGUACCUGCUGGACCCCUACAUCAACCUGGCCCCCGGCUGCAGGUCUCUGUUCUCCGUCAUCGUCAGGGUCGUUGGAGAUCUCAUGUUGAGGAUUCAGCGAAUCCCGGACUUCACUCCCAAAUUGCUGCUGGUGAGGAAGAGAUUACUGGGCCUGGAGCCGGAGGGCAUCACUAUCGACCACAUGACUCUCCUGGAGGGCGUUAUCGUGCUUGAGGAGUUCUGCAAAGAGCUGGCAGCCAUAGCCUUCGUCAAAUACCACGCAGCAGCCUCGUCCUCGCCGUGACCCUCCUGCUGAUCGUCCAUCUGCCUCGCUCUGCAGACAGGUCGGGAUGGGACUUCUUUGGGGUGCGGUGGAAACGGUGGCACAGGGUCGACAAAAAAAAACUUCACACCUAACUGCUCAUCCCCGACUGAUAGAGCCAACAUGGAUGGAUUCAUAGCGCCGCCUCCUUCGGCCUCCCGGGCUGCUCCAUGAAAAGUCUCUGGUCUGUGUUUGACCGAUCGGAGCGAAGACACUGCCCAGCCCGAGGAGGAGGAAGAAGAGGGGGAGGGGGAGCAGAGAGAUGGUCACUGGACUCUUUUCAGCCGCUGACUUUUCUCUCCCUCACCUCCCUCGGCGUCCCUCCUCCUCGUCCGUCAAAAGACGAUAUCCUGUAAAGAUUCUGUCGAGGACAAAACAUGUUUGUGUAUUUAUUUUCUGUCCCGUCGUCGGCCAUUUGUAAAAGUCAUUGCCUUAGUGUGGAUUCACACCUUUCAGUUACAGACUGUUUCCUGUCGAAACAUUUUAAUCUUGAGUCGUCUGUUUGAAGACAAGAGGCCCACUACCUUCUGACCUUUGACCUCCUCAUACCCCUGUAGUUACAUUCAUGUUGAGGUGCAGUAUUUACGAUGCUGCGCUCAGAUUUUAUACACCGAGUCGUCGUUAUUUAUUUGCUUUCAGGUUGCCUUUUUAACUGACGUCAUAUUAAGAAGGACGUCGAUCACUUUAUUUGUUUCUCUUCAGUUCGUCUUUAAUCACCCAAAGAUUUCACCUGACAUCACUUCCUAUUCCUGAAAAAGGAAACGCUGUGACGUCGUUUCAUCGAUGCUUUCAGACUUUUUAACUCCACGCUCAGUGUUGCAUUUCUCACACACACACCGGUGUUUAUUUAAUCAAAGCGAUGUGUGUGUUUAAUCGUUUUUAUAACAUUUAUAAUUCUGUUUAUUUUAUCGAUGAGAGGAAGCCGAGGAUCAAGUCGCUUCAUGUGAUGCGUUCAGGCGUCUUUCAAACGUAUUUAAAGUCACACUGACGCCUUCGAUUGUCACUUUAUGAGAAGCUGGGUCGGGUUUUCAGACUCUACUUCACCAACUAUCACAGUCCACAGCGAGCGAGAGGUCAAAAACCUCGCAGCACUCUAAGUACGAAGAUCAACUUAAUGAGAGCGACGCGUUUCAGCCUGUGGCGUUCACGAAGAAGACCCCGAUGAAGGCCACAUGCCGAAACACUUCAGACUAAUCAAGUUAAUAACUCAUUUUAUUCACAUGUUGGACAUUUCCCCCUGAACGCAUCGUUUUAGAGGAUCCUAAUCAACGGGCGCCCUGUGGACUGCCAUGCUGCUCAUCCCGGGUCGUAGCUAGAGCGGGAACAGACCGCUUUUAAGAUCAGAGUCAUCCAGCGCUCGCCAGGAUCGUUGAGGCCGACUUUAAAGCUCAAAGCAUAGAAAACAUCAGAGCGAACGUGUCCUUUCACUCAUUAUUAUUUUGUUGCUCUUCUAUAUUUCGGAUUUGCAAUUUGUGGAUCUCAAAAAGUUAACGUUAAAGAAAGACGAUGGAUCGUGAAAACCAGGAGAGGAAUCAGUCUGUUUUUCUAGUUUGAAACAGUCCUUGAGGUUUAAACUCCUGCGGUGCUGACAGUCUGUUGAAUGAUUUGGUUCAGAUUUGGAAGCAGCUUUUCUGAGCGUGGCGUCAGAGGAAAAUGGCUGCUGUCUGAGUACUUUAUUGACUUUUGACCCCUGAAACAGAAACACAUCAUCUUAGUUGUCGUCUGUUUGACCCCGUCAUGUCUUCAGUUCUGAGAUGAUUCAAUCUGAACAUCAGAGAUCGGCGUGUGCGGCCUGGACGCCACAGACGCUCAGAACGCUGUCACGACUUCCUCUAAGCUGGCGUGUGUUUACCUGCAGUAUUACCUGUUACCCCCCCCCCGGCUGUGUGCUGGAUGAUGUAACGUUUGAAUAUGUUUAAAUCACUUCAGUUUAACUUUAUUUGAAUGAUUGGUGGCGUGUGUGUCGGGACGAUGGCGUUCACGUGUGACUGACGCCGCGACUCGUCCGGCUCCAUCAGCACCUCAGCUACAUUAUGCAACCGCCUGCAUGCAUUCACAUUUGCACAUUGUCUUUUUUCAUUUUUGUUUAUGAUGUAAAUGUACAAAAAAAAAGUUUUUUUUUGUUUUUUCCAAAAUGUUUCAUAAACCAAAAAAGACGAAAAUUCUCGGAUGUUCCAGAAGUUUCUAUUUUUAGACCUCGUCUUCAUCGCUGCGCUCUGACGCUCGCUCGUACACGUGUAGAUAAUGUGUGUACGAUAGCGAUAGAGAUCUACUUCCUGCUGUACAGGCAUGCAUGAACGUGAUUUUUCUUUGUUAAAGAGAAGAGAAAAAGGAGGAUUUGUUUGUGUGGGGACGAUUCAGAGAGUCUGAGAGGAGACUUGAUGCCUUACUUGACACUGUGGAUCUCUGACCACGCCUCGGAUCCACGUGACGUGGCGUGUACAUCUGAUGGAGCCUCUCUUGUGUUACACUUUCUAAAAGACGCACACGACUCUGAGUCGUCACAUAUCUGAUGCCAACUGAUUUGUUUUUCCUGUCAGCUUCGACCAAUCACUGUUCCCUGUGUGUGCGUCUCUUCAUGUUCAUUGCUGCUUUGAAACGGGACGUAAAGCAUCCCGUCUCUUCUUUCACCGCCGCCUGUUUCCGUUUGUGAUGGUGCAUCAUUUCACGUUAGGGUGCAUGCUCGCUCCUCUGGCCUCUGAGGACAUGUGAUCUCAUUUAGCCGUCUUCAUUUCAGCUCCGUUUGUGUUUCAUUACGGACAACAUGGUUUUCCUUUAACUUCCUCCGUCCUGAUUAAAAAAAAACAGAAAACAGUCUUCA